CAAAGUAAUGGCAGUCUGUUUUUCUUUAGUGAAAGUGUAAUCAAGUGACUCUGAGCAGUCAUUAACAUUUUAUAUCCAUUCUGCAGUGUGACACUGUACUCCCUGAGAGUCUCAGGCUAAAAGGAACUCUGUAACAGGUGCUUUCUCAAAGGAGCAUCGGUAUGAUUUCAUCCAUACGGUCUUGAAACUCAUGAAUGGCACUCAGAAUGGGGAAGUUUGGGAUUAUAAUGGGGUUGAUUGUCUUAUUGGGUCAAGUAUCCUCCAUUUCUGAAGGUGAGAAAAUGCAUGUUGUGUUUAUUCUACCAUCGUUUGUGCUCUUUAAUCAAUGUGUAGUAGGCUUUACAUCCAAAUAUCAUAUUGCAGGAAAUAAAAAGGAGGACCAGAGAGAAGUAAUUCUGAAAGAGUUGGUUGAGAUAUGGCGGAAGGGUGGAGGCUGGUACCCCCGUAGAGAACAACCAUCUCCAGAGAAUAGAAAGGAUGAACAAAUCCAUACAGUCCUAAGGAACAUUGUUGGAGGUCUUAAGUCUCUAGGACUCCUGCCCAAGAAAUCUACUGGUUUACCAUCUCUUAACAAGCCACUUGACCGGAACAGGCUGUCAGGAUUUCUUUAUAACAUCUCAAUGUAUCUUCAAGAAAUGAGUGCUGAAAUAGAUGAUGAUCUGCCUUUCAGUGAUGAUCAUUUUUGGGAAAACUUGUUGCAUUCUUUCAUCCAGUCUGAUGGAAAAAUGCCACUAGGAGAUUGGGCUGGGAGGGUUCCUCCUCGACCAAGCUUCAGGCUUCAAGACCUCUUCCUCUCUCUAAGAGGCAGCCCACAUUGGGAUGGACUACUUGGACUGGUGCAGAGCAUCCUUACCCUCUUAGAACAGCAGCCACAAAGACCUCUUCUCACAUUUGUGUCACAGAACUGGAAGACCAUCAGUGCCUUGCUUGACACUGCUCUACAAGCUCUUGUCAGUGGGACCUAUAGCCAGGCCAUUGCAGGUCUGCAGGGAUUUAUCUGCAUCCUGAAAGGGCAAAGUGAUUGUGCUUUCAACCUGAGCUGGCUGCAGCAACUCCUGACAUUCCUAGAGACAAGGAACUGGAAACCUGUGGUGAAUCUGCACCCUGCAGGAGUAUCCAGUGACCAAAGGGAUGGUACCUUCUUGGCAGGACGUUUUAAGCCAUUUAGCAUUCCAGCUGAGGCUUUACGUGAGGAAAACAAUAAAUCUCAAGACAUGGAGAGCCUUAGCUAUAUGCAAGCUCUAUUUCUGCAGGCCCUGUCGAAUUCAAACACUGGGGAAAGAGCAGUACAGUUUGCUGAGCGUAAUCCUGCCCUUGUCCAGGGUCUUGAUGGCCUCCGGCGUGGAUUCCUGCACAGAGUGGGUAGCACAGUGUACAGUAAUCUGAGGAGGAAGGUGUCACGUGUGACCAUGGCACUGCUGGAUGAUCUAGGUAGCAUGGCUGGUGAGCCACAGUCCACUCAGCUGGGAAGAUGUUCUGUAGGUGACCUGAGACAACUGAUAUUGUGGGGUAUUAGACAUAACCUGACAUGGAAUGCUCAAGCCAUGGGUUUCACCUCACAUGGUUUACCGAGUCGGCCAUCUUUGAUGUCCUGUUCAUCUUCAGAGACGGAAAAACACAACUCGAAACAACAGCAAUCGUCGAAAAGAUCCAGACUCCUCCAGCCUCAGCCAUUGUUCCAUGAUCAAACAGAUUCAGAGCUGUUAGCCUCCGCAGAGAUCCUGGAAGCAGCCUGCAAUGCCUCCAUUCCAGGUCUCACUGGUGUUUCAAACUUUACUGUGUUUCUCUACUGUAAUCUAUUUGAUGGAGGUGAUGCAACGUUGGACCCGGAGGCUAGCCAUGUAGUUCCUGACCUGCAUGUCAGCUGUUCUAAUGCGGCAUGGUACCUCUCUGCUGCAGAGGAAGAUUUCCUGUGGGUACAUGUGUGCAGUGAAUUCUUCGCACAGGAUUUCAAUAAUACAGUAUGUGCCAACUCUUCCUUCUGGCUGCAACGAGCCCAUCAGGCUGCUGUUACCAAGGACUACCAUUUCCUCAACCAAUCAAGUAUUGAUGACCUCUGCGUACAACUCUCCAGUGAAGUUGCUGGAAGUUCCACAAGUAUUGCAACUGAGGACUGCUUAGAACUGCUCAGUGCUAGAUCUCUAAGUGCACAAGAGUUCAGGAGGUGUUUUCUGCCUAACAACUCCGCUCUGAUAUUAGCCUUGUGUGGCAAUGCAUCAUAUCCAUUAGUUCACACUGGCUGGGCUGCAGAAUAUUGCUCCAAAAUCCUGAAUAAAGAUUCCCACCAUGACUCCAAAAAUGUUCUCUGUGACUUUUUAAAUUGGACUGCAGAGCAUUUCACCAACUCCGAUCUGCUUGAACUCUGUGGAGACACAGCAGGUCUGAGGGACUACAUUUGCAAGAACAUGAGUUUGUAUGUCAUUCUGGUUCCUAAGCAACCCAUACUCUUAGACUACUGCAACUCCAAAUCAGAACCAAAGCAGGAGACCCAAUGUGUCCUCCAGCAGCUGUUUAACAUGCUGCCUGCCCCGUAUGAUUUUGACGCUCAUCAGCUCUGUAUAAAUCCUAUUCCUAUCCUACAGGAAGCUGUAUACAAAUUAAACCAUUGUGAGGGAGUUGUGGAUGAACGUGUGGGCUGGCUAGCCACUGUAAGCUAUGUGCUCCAAGUGUUAGAUUUUGUUGUGGGGCUCUCAGCAGGCCUUGAAGAAGGGGAACGCGAGGUCCGCCAGGGUCUCGGCCAAGCUAUUCUUCUGUCCAGACUUCUGGACAAUUCCUCUUUCUGGACAACCCUCAGGCCUGAUGCAUCUGUUAGUGUGCUCCACACUGUUGGUGUCUUUCUCAGACGGGAACAGAAUCUCUCUCUUAAGGAAGAUCUUCUUAGCUGUUUUAGUCCUGUCCUCUGGGAUCUCAUUCAAAAAGAGGACAACUCCUCUGCAUUGAGAUUUUUACUACAGGAAUACCUCCAGAUGCCAAGAGAAAGAAUACGCACUCUAGUGUUGUCUGCAGAAAAAGAUGCAGUGAAAAGAUUUCUGUCUCAUGUACAUCAGAGCUGGGACCAGCUCCAAGCUUCCCCAAAGGAAAAGGAGGCCAUGGAGACUAUGACCGCAGCCUUCAUCCACAAAUUCCCACGUGUUACGCCAGAGCUAUUUGUCGACCUCUCACAGUUCAUCCCCUACAUGUCUGUAUCUGACAUAAUGAAUUUUCCUGCAUCGCUGAUUGCCAACGAUAGUGUGUUGAUGGCUAUUCGAGAUCACAGCUCGGAGAUGAAGACUCCUCAGAAACAAGCUUUCGCAAAACGUCUCCUACAGUCAAAUGCGGUAGGAGAUGUUUCCUCCUGGCCACCAUACUUUCUCACCUCAGUUCUUCCCCUCCUCCCACAUCUUCCUGUCAGCCACUUCCAACAUCUGACAUCCCAGCAGCUCAGCCCGCUGGUCGAACAGCUGGCUAAUAGCAGUCUGGAUGCCAUAAGGGGGAGACACGUGCUUCGCACCCUGUUCAGCAAGAGGAAGAAUCUCACUAGUGAGACAAUAAUGAGGUUAGGCAUCCUAAUAUGUUACAUGAAUUCAGAUGAACUGCAUCGUUUCCUGUCUAUACCCCCUGUAUCACCUGCUCUGUGGCAACAGCUUGCACAGUGUAUUUCAGAUGGCCAUGUCAGUGGAAAUGGCAGACUUUCCCAUUGGCUGGCACUUGCUCUCAAACCCCUUAAUGCCAGCUUGUUGUCUUCUCCGAUGCUGGCCUCUCUCCAUGGAGUUUUACCCCAACUUGGUGCAUCAUUCCUGCAGUCAUUAUCCUCAAAUGAUUUAUUGGAACUCUUCUCUCAGCCUGAUAUACCUACUUUCCCACCUGCACAGGCAUUCCAAAUUUUAAACAAAAUAUUCCAAGAAACAAAUGUCAGUGCCAACACAUUAUGCAGGCUAAAGCCGUUAUUUCAUGGUUUAGCUCCUGCUUUCUUGAGAAACUUGAUUGUACCUGACUCGAUGGGAACGGCAGAUUGUCAGUGUUGGAGCUCUCUGCUGAGCGACCUGCAGCCUGCUCAUCUUGCAAUGGUGCAUAGCGCACUACAGCAGGUUCUGGAGCAUUUGUCAACCAAUAACACACUCUACCUGCACUGCCUUUUACCCUUCAUUUCCUUGAAAAAACUGGCCACUGAGCUUGAUGGACAAACGAUCCUUCAUCACAUUCAUCUGUACAGAAACAUGUCCUGGUCACCUCAACAGGCUCAGUCGCUUUUCAGAAUGAUUCAGCAGACUGAAAACAUCACCCGAGAGACAGUACUACAUUUAGGCCGCAUUGCAAGUGGCAUGAGCUGUAAGAGCCUACAGCUUUGGGCCAAUGAAUCAGACUUCUCUGAACUGGUACGGUUUAUUACAGAGUUGCCCGGCGGAUUGAGGCCAGCUCUGAGGAAGUGUGUGGUAGAGGAACUUGGAAAAAGGCCAGACAUGGAUCUAGAGGACUUCGACCCAUCUUUCACUGCAGGAUUACCCGUGAGGAUGAUUGAGCGCCUGUCCAACGCAUCACUCUGGGCUGUCCUGAACCACGUUCGAAGACACUUUAUUGAUUUCCUGGAGCUUCCACGCCACAAGCAGAUGACCUUGGCUGAGAAAGCUAUUGAUGUGCUUGUGAGAGAAAUAGCUUUUGGAAACUUCUGCAUGGGUGGAAUAUUUGUCCACUCUUGUUUAUCUUUUUCAUCUUUCCUGAAAUAUCUUUUCCAACAUUUCUGUCAGAUAAUUGCUGAGGACAGAAUCUCCGGGGUCUCCAUGGACCUGCUGGGUCCUCUUCUCUUCUUCCUGGACAGGGACUUGUUGUCUCAGGUGGACAGAGAGGCUCUGAAGCUGCGCCUCGAGGACCUGAAACAGUACUGCAUGCCCUCUGACACCUUCAGAGAAAUGGCUUCUCUGCUUACAGAGAGAAGUAUUCUAGGAGAGCCAAAGUCAUGGACAGUAGGAGAUGUUGAGCAUGUAGACCGACUAGUGUUUGCCCUGUCACCUCAACUGAUACGCUCUCUGCAACUGGAUGACUUAGGUAAAGACACGGUUGAGCAAGUCCUGCAAAGUCAGUGGCACUGGAAAGACACCGAGCUUGGUAAAGUGUGCGCGGACCCGAAAGGACUAAAAGACAAGAUUUACAGCUUAAUUCACAAAAUAAACAGAGGACAGAGAUGGGGCAGAAGAGAGCCAAUCCCGACUUGUGCGGAUAUCAAAGGGACUUUUCCUUCAGCAUGGCGCUGGUAUCAACUUAAUCGAAUGAAGAGAAGAGAAUUGAAGGAGUGUGUUGAGUUCCUGGGUCAGGAUGGUUCUCUUGAUGCUGAGCAACGCUGGGCACUGUGGACAGAACUCCGACCGAUUUAUAAGCCAGUAAGGGCACUCAGACCAGCACAGGUACUGGAGCUGGGCUGCAUCAUCACUGAGAUGAGCGAGAGAGAGCUGCAGGCUGUGAACUUGUCUGACUUAGGUGUGGUGGCUCAUCUUGGAAGCUUUAAAGCAUGGAACCCAAGAAAAAGGAGAGCAGCUCUGCAGGGAUUCCUGCGCCGCCGCAAAGAGAAGCCUGAAGACCUUGGAGCGGUCGAGUUGGUUUCUCUUGGCAAUCUACUAUGUGGCUUCACUCCUGCAGAAAUUUCCCGUCUAGACCCAUUUAGCCUGAGCAUGGCUGCUAUGUUCCUGAGGGAGACAUUCCUGCCCUGCUUUGAGCAGCAGACUGAGGCUCUGACCGCUCGACUCUCCAGCCCUCUGGCCUUCGGUCCUGUCAGCGGCUGGAGCGCUGACAUUUUCACUGAGAUUGGGGCUCUGGCAGCUGUACUGGAUGACAUGGUGUUGUCCUCCCUUGUGAAGGAACAAAUAGAAGGGCUAACUCCAUUAGCAAUAUCCCUGAUACCUCCAAAAAAGAUGGCUGUUGUGUUCAGCGCAAGUCAGCUGUCAUGGCUGACCUCUGAACAGGCAUGGGCCGUGACAGACGAGCAGUGGCAAAAGCUGGACAGUGAGCAGAAAGAAGCAUUAAGCAUGGCAUUGUAUGAAGGGGAUGUGAUGCUUGUACACAGAGGUCAGUCAAGACAAAGAAUAAAAGGCAUUAAUACAAAAGGAAUGAGACACGAUGUCGCAUGGCCUUACGGGAAAAUAAUCAACCAUCCGGAAGUUGAUUAUUUACCAAUAACCCCACAUGCUGAAGUGUUUUAUUCCUCUUAUACCACAGCCAUUUGCCAACAAUAACAUUUACAAAUAAUGUUAUUUAUUACAGAACAACGCAUCAUAUGAUUUAUCUGUUUAUAGUUACCUUUAAUUUUGUAGAAUAUCUGUGAAACAAGUUCUUGUUAUCACUUAUGUUAUAGCAAUAAUGAACAGUUGUUCCUUUGCCAGCCUCUCUCUUUUUUCUCUCUCUUAAAGUGAAUAAGACAAAAAUACAGCUCGUCAUAUUGCAGAGAAACCUCAAACCCCUCAGAAAGACUUUCCUGUGUCAGAAAACUUCACGUUAGAGCUUUAUUCCUGAAUGUUACACAGCACUGGCACUGGAGACUCCUUCCAAAAACACUAAAUAAACCUCUCCUUAC